GGUUGCUUCGCCAAUGGUUGCCUCUUCCCUCCACCGGUUCUUUGCCAACUCCGCAUUGCAAUGCCUUAAUGGCACAUCUACGUGAAUACUUGCACGCUGCAGUACCAGCUCCGUCGACGGACGACGAAGUAGCGGUUAUUGACCUUCGUAACUAUCUUGCGAAGAUCGACCACAAGUACGCAACACAACAGUACGUCGACAACGACACGCCGCUCCUUUACAUCCGCAUUCAGAUCGGAAAGGCGACCUCCAGUGCCUUGAUCGAUUGUGGAGCGACUCGCAAGUACAUCUGCCAAGACUUCAUGGCACGUGUCGGGCUGGGCUCGCGCGUUCGAAGAAAAAGUCAGCCUACGCACAUCACGUUGGUCGAUGGUCACACGCAAAAGUCAAUCGACGGAUGUGUUGACUUGGUGCCCGUGUACUUUUCCCCGCUAGCAUGCGAGGCCGUGUCUUUCGACAUAUUGGACACCAAGUUCGAUAUGAUCCUAGGCAGGUCGUGGCUGCAAAGCGAAGACCUUCCGGUGAACUUCCAUCGACGCACCGUUCACGUUCGUGAUCGGCGCGGCGAACUAGUCCCGUGUACAGUGCCGCUUCCUCAUCCUUCGAUUGGUUGUCACGUGGUAUCUGCGACGAGCAUUCACCAAUCCAUGUGGCGGAACGACAUCGAGAAGAUGGGCAUAUGUUUUCUUCACGCCCUCCUACCCGGUGAUCAGCCCAAGACGGAUACGUCGGACCCACGCAUCAUUAAGCGGUUGGAAAGCUAUGAGGAUGUCUUUCAAGCUCCCGCCGGAGUCAUACCGGAUCGGCCCAUACGCCACGGGAUCACUCUCGCGAACGACGUCGUACCUCCGCGCGGAUGUAUCUAUCGCAUGAGCGAAGAGGAACUUCAAGUGCUUCGGGCUCAACUACAUGACCUCUUGGCCAAGGGCUGGAUUCGCCCUAGCUGUUCGCCAUAUGGUGCUCCCGUUCUCUUCGUCCGGAAGAAGUACAAGGACCUUCGUUUGUGCAUCAACUAUCGGAAACUUAACGCGCAAACGAUCAAGAACGUCGGCCCUCUCCCUCGGAUCGAUGAUUUUCUCGAGCGACUAGGCGGCGCCAAGUACUUCUCCAAGUUGGACCUCAAGUCCAAUUAUCACCAGAUCGAGAUUCAGCCAAGAGAUCGGUACAAGACCGCAUUCAAGACGCGGUAUGGGCACUUUGAAUGGAUCGCCAUGCCUUUCGGUCUCACCAAUGCCCCGGCUACUUUCCAAGCGGCUAUGACGACGGAAUUUCGCGACUUACUCAACCACUCCGUACUCAUUUACCUCGAUGACAUCUUGGUUUAUACUACUUUAUAGUCGGUCAUUGGACGAGCAUCUUGAGCACCUUCGCGCCGUAUUGGAGCG